AAUGACGUCUCAAAUAUUUAAGGAUCUUUAACCUGAUUAAGAAAUAAGUUGCUUGAUUGGUGAUGUGGGAGGAACAAAUGUUCGUCUCUAACUUGUCAAGAUCUCUCUCAAGUUGACAUACCAAAAAGCUCCUUAACUUAAACCAUUUACAUCCUAUAAUACUGAUUUGUAUCCUCAAUUCUAAGACUACAUUGUAGAAUAUUUAAAGGAUGUAUAAAAGGAUAAUCUUCCAUAAAUUGCUAUUAUAGGUCAAAAUUAAAUGUAUAUUUAUUAGGUAUUGCUGGGCCAAUAAAAAAUAAUUCCACUUUGAUGGCUAAUACUAAAUGGACUUAAGUAGAUGGAAAUGCUAUUGGAUAAGCACUCAAUAUUAAACCAUUUCUCUUAAUUAAUGACUUUUAGGCAGUGGCAUAUGGAAUAUUGGGACUUUAAGAAACAGACUUAAUCUAAUUGAAUCCAAAAAAUCCAAAUCCAAAAGAAAAUUCAGUUAAAACAGUAAUUGGUCCUGGAACUGGAUUAGGUGUAGCAAGAUUAAUUUCCUCUUUAAAACAGAAUAAUGUUUGGGAAUAUAAUAUUUGGUAAUGAAAAUUAUUUAUUUUUAAGGCCUUGUGAAGGUGGACAUGUCGGAUAUUCACCAUCAAAUGAUUUAGAAAUAGAAUAUCUUUAAUUUUUGAGAAAGAGAUUAGGUUUAGGUUAGAUAGUAGCAGAAAAAGCUAUGGCAGGUUAAGCUGUUCCAUAUAUUUAUACUUUUUUAAAGGAAAGACUUGGAUUAUAGUCUUAAAUAGAGAAGGAUCUUGAUAAAGUCUUAUUUGAAGUAAUUCUUUGUUUUUAUAAUUUUAGGAUAAGAAUGAUUUUAAAUAGUUCCCAUCAACAUAAGUAUUUUAAUAUGGUGUUGAGAAGAAAGAUGAAUUAUGUUAGAAAGUUGUGGAUUUCUUCUUAAGUAGUUAUGGAACAGUAAUUGGGGAUCUAGUUUGCAAUACAAUGCCUUAUGGAGGUAUUUAUUUGUUUGGUAAUAUUUCUAUUGGAGUUGCUAAUUACAUCAUUAAUAAUCCAUAAGUCAAUUUUUUAGUAAUUAUUUAUAAUAUAUAUUUUUUUAGUAAGACUAUAUUAAAUAUAGACCUCAUUUAACUGAGAUUUUUGAUUAGAUACCUAUUUAUGUGAUUAAAUAGGCUUCAUUGGGAUUAGAAGGUGCUUAUUAGGCAGCAUAUAGAUUGUUAGAGUAUAAUGAUUAUGAAAAAGAAAUUUGAU